AUGUCCUCUAUGAAUUCUGGGACCCCCCUCCCGGGGGAACAGACAGAUGAGGCCCAGCUACAGGCUAAACUGGAGCGCAUGGCCAGCACGUACUUCGAGAAAUUCUCCACCCCCGCCUUCAGAAUUCAAGAGUUGAUUGGCUACCACAAAAACCACUGGCUGCUCUCCGAUGACUUCAAAAUGGCAUAUGAUCAACCUGUGGGGAUCAUAAAAGGUCUGAAUCCAUUAAACUCCAAUGUUUGUUGUCUGAUGGUGCCAGAAGAUCCCGUUUUGGAAGAAAAUAAGAUGAACCUGGAUUAUCGGGAGGUCCACCAGUUGAUCCGAGAACUGACUUAUGGGAUAUACGUGUUGAACCAGACUCCCAGCAUAUCGCUGGAGGCACUGUAUGAUCAAGGCACCAUGUGUAACCUGCCUCCAGCAUUUAUGGAUACACAUAUCGGUCAGCUGUUAAUCAGUGUAGAUUACAUGAUGAAGUCUUUGUGGCACGGAGCAUACAUUCCGAAGGAGAAGAGAACAAAAUUCAAUGAUAAAUGGAGAGAGCACUUCCAAGUCUCCAAACAGAACGGAAAACCGGAAAAAGAGAAAUCUUUCUUACCAGAUUUCAUAAGUCAUGGGAUGGUAGAUAUGGGUAAGGACCCGGAUUACUGCGAUGCCUAUAAUGACCUUCAGUUUGAUAACGACAAUGAUCCGGACAUGAUAAAGGAACGGAUUCAUUUCAUGAAACACAUAGAGGACAUCUCCAUGCAGAUGACAUUGUAUCAGAAAAAAGUGAUGCACGAAAAGGAUAUUUACAUGAUGGAUGCCGAUAUGACAAUCACUAGCAUCGUGCGACUUCUCGAUGAUCGAAUAAAUCAUGACGAUUACGAACGAGUGAAUACGAGACUGCAAAUGCAUGAAAAUAUGCUGCGGGAAAAUUUAACCAAGAAGUUAGAAAUUCGACGGCAGCUUUAUAUUUUAAAAGUUGUGAGUUUUUUGACGCCAUUCUUGAUCGGAAUGAGGAAGAGGAUGAAGAUUCCGGAUAUGUCACGAUUUCUUCCAGAUCUCUCAGAGGACCAGUGUAAAACAGAGGAGGAACUACCCCCUUUGAUGCUCGGAGAGGACUUCAAGUGUAAAAACUUCUACCCCGAGAAAAACAAAUACUUUCAUCUUCAUGGAGGCAUCAACAUCGACUUUGAGACGGACGACCUUGAAUCUCCACCAAAAGAAGUUACUGACAAAUACUCAGAUAUCAUGACAAAAACAGAACAAGGUUUUAUCAAGGUCAUUUCCAUGGAUACCAUUAAAGAGCAUUACGAGGUCCCCAAGGUUGAAAUAGACGGAAAACAGUACUACCUGAUUUAUAUGGAGUUUGAGACCUUCUUUAACCCCCAGCAGCCGACGUGGAUCAAGGCCUUUAACUCUAAGCUUACGGUGGACCUAGAGAGGAAGUACCUCCCCCUACAGGACACGCCCAUGUGGGACGUGUUUAUCAAAAACUUCGGCAAGAAAAAGACAGGGAAAUUAAAGGCUCAGAUGACGGGACCGCGUGCCGCGGCGAUCAGGGGACUGGUCAUUAUUUUCGUACACAUGUGCCGUAAAACUCUAGGUCAGCAGAUGUCACGGUUGACUAAACAGGACGAGCAUGGUCUGUCGCUCCUCCAUCACGCCGCCAUGAACAAUCGACCUCAAAUCAUCGUCAGCUUGCUGCGGCAGACGGUGGAUAUUAAUUCUCGACGAAAUAACAUUUUGUCAACAGGGGAAAGGGAAAGUAGCAGAAAAGCAACAGGUCCCACCAGCUUGCACAUCGCCGCGAGAUGUGGGGCCCUGGAUGCCGCGGCCUGCCUGCUGGCCUGCUGUGCCGGACAGACAUUGUACGAUCAGGACGGCUGGGCACCCAUCCACCACGCCUCUUUCUUCGACCAUGAGGCCAUCAUCAAACUCAUGGCAAGGAGGAAUAGUCCAGUGAUAGAACUCCUCACUAAAAACGAUGUAAGAUCCACUCCUCUGUUGCUAGCUGCUGGUUCAGGGGGUCUGUCAGCCGUUAAGUGCUUGAUCAAACUCGGAGCUGAUAUUUCUCGUGUGGAUGGGGAGGGAAACGGUAUGAUCAAUUUAGCGGCCAUGAGGUUCCACACCAAUGUGCUGGAAUACCUUAUUGAAUGGGGCCACCAAAAGGCACCUGUCUGGACUAUUCUUGUCAAGAUGCUGUCUGAUCCUGAUACAGAUAAGAAGGACAGUGCUGUCAAAUGUCUGGAAGUUCUGUCUACGUCUAAACCCGAGCACUGGAAGUCUAUACUGGAAGCAGGUGGUAUCCCCGCGUUGGUUGGCUUACUACACUCAGACAAUGAGGUCCUGCAGUCUGUCUCGGCCUCCGUCAUUGUAAACAUAUCAGAGCACCAGGAGGUCCGAGAAGCCCUAACCAAAGCCAAAGCCGCUCCUAUCCUAAUCCAGCUCCUGAACUCCCCCGACGACAACAUCCAGUCCCGCGUGGCCAUAAUUCUGUCAGACAUUGCCAGUAUCCAGGGAAACCAGUCUCUGAUCGCAGAGGAGGGGGGAAUUCCCCCGCUGAUAAAUCUGAUGGACUCAGAGUUAGAGGAGGUUCUGAUAAACACGGUGAAUGCCGUCCGGGUGUUGUGUGCGGGAAAUCCCAUUAAUCAGGACGCGGUGGCGGAAAAUGGCGGGAUUGCUUUUCUUAGAGAGUUUCUUACUCUAGAUUCAGAGAAACUGAAGGCUGCCACUGCAGCUUGUAUUGCAGCCAUUUCAGCAGGAAACAAGAAAAAUCAAGAUGCUUUACUGGAAGCAGGGGGUUUAGAACCGCUGGUGGAGAUAAUUAAUGGUACAACUAACGAGACUGUGAGGGUGAAGUGUGCUAAUGCUAUAGAGGCCCUAGCCCAGGACAACCCUGCCUGUCAACAGACGUUCCUACGGAUCAAAGCCCCCACAGCUCUCAAAAAACUCCUCAAGAAUUUCAAUGUAUCAGUGAAGGAGCAUGGUGCCAAGGCUUUAUGGGCUUUAGCAGGAAACACCACAACUCAACAGAAAUACAUCGCAGAGAAAACCAGUAUCCCAGACAUCUGUAGUAUGUUACUGGAGGAUACCGAAAAAUUGCUUCAAGUCGGUUGUAUGAUGUCCAUUGCUUUGGGAAGAGAGAAUAUAGAGAACCAGAUAAAACUAGCUCAGACAGAGGCUUUUAAUCAGUUGGUCCGUCUUCUGCGAACUCAUAAAGACUCCCCGCAGGUCAUACUCAUGGUCAUACAAGUGCUUGGAAUUCUGUGUGUUGGUGUGGCUUAUUGCAACAACAAAGUGACCCAGAGGAAGAUAGCAGAAGAGGGGGCGAUCCCCACCCUAGUGACCUAUCUAAACCAGCCUCCUUCUGAAGAAGUCCAAGUGGAGGUUGCCAUAGCGCUAGGUUGUAUCGUCCUUAGCAACACUCGUAACCAGGAAUUACUGCAGGAGGAGCCAGGGUUUAACUUCGAUGUUCUGCUGGAUUUGUUAAAGUCAAAAAGUGAGGCAAUAAGAUUAAGGGCAGGAAUGGCUCUGACGAUUUUUGCCUUCAACAACACCCCUCAGCAGUAUGCCAUCAGGGAAGCCGGGGGCAUCAAAUACUCGGUGUUUGAGCCUUUCCUUAAUUCCAGUAUAGAGUAUGAUGUCUGCUAUGCAGCUUUUCAGAUUGUGGUGCUAGCGAGAGUAAUAGUGGACCAAGACCAAGUGAACCUAACGGCCCGCGGGGUGACUCUGCUUGUGGAGAAACUCCACUCAAACGAGGACAACGUCAUUGUUCUGGCUGCUAGUCUUCUCUCCAGUCUCGCCCACACACGCGCAGGAAUUCCCGAUGCCAUGGUGACCUCGGGGGCUAUUGAUAUCCUGGUCGAUAAACUCUCCUCCCCCAAUGACCAGGUCAGAAGUGCGUGUGCCGUGGCCCUGGGGUAUUUAACCUUCAACAGGACCGCAGCCAGAAUUCUGUUCAGUGCUUGUAGAAAUACGCCAGGGUUGUAUAAGAAACUGGAAGAGAACAUUGGGAAAAAUGCCAAAAUUAGUCAGGAGUUUGUCCAGGACUUUAAACGUGCUAAGAUUGUGGGCCUACCUUCCCAAUGUCUUGAGAUUAAUGGUGGACCCCCAGUAAUCCCCCCUAGUCGAAACAGUAUGAGACCGAUGACUGGCUCGAUGAGCCGCGCUACGACAGCCCGAGCUACAAGUCGAGCCAAAUCAGCCCCCGGGCAGCGCGGGAAAAGGUCGCCUAACCCCAGUAUAGUUGUAAGUACCCCCGACAACAGUCGCCCCUCCACGGCUGCCACGGUCCGGAUCCACCCCAGCUCUCUCUUCAGACCCGCCAGUGCCACCACCCCCAGCAGAAAAGGGGUGCGGUCCCCCGACCCCACAUUUAAAACUCGUUUGUCUUCUUGGAAGGAGGAAAUCUGAGUCUCAAUAUAUCAACUAAGCUAUUAACUGUGUUCUAAAUAAAUGCUGGAGGACAAUUUUUUUACGAUGAUAUUUCCAGAUUUUAAAACCAGGCUGUAAUAUAUGAGUGCAAGAUACAUUUCUUUUGAUAUUUCUGUAAAAUUUAUAAAAUUUUGUUUUCAGAUUUACUUU